AUGUCCAAAUCCAAAGUUGAUAAGCCUGAGAAGAAGCGCAAGCGCGAUGUCGAGGUAGCAGAGGAUGUACCCAAAAAGUCCAAAAAGUCUAAGAAGACCGAAGAUACUCAGGAUGCGCCCACGCCCGAAGCACCUGUAGUCGAAGUAGCGGAGGUGAAGAAGGACAAGAAGUCCAAAAAAGAUAAGAAGGAGAAGAAGUCCAAGGACAAUGUGGAUAUCUCAGCUGUUGAGGAUGCCCUAGAGGACGCAAAGAAGAAGAAGGAAAAGAAGUCGAAAAAGUCCAAGAAGUCCAAGGAUACCGACGCGUCUGAAGAUGCACCGGCUGACGAGACUGAGCUCAUUGAAGAGAUGAAGACUUCGGAAAACUUCAUCAAUGUCAACGAUGACGAGCCAAUGCCUGACGCGACCGAGGAUGCACCUGUCAAGGACAAGAAGAAGUCUAAGAAGGACAAGGACUCCAAGAAGUCCAAGAAGAGCAAAAAGGCUACUGAAGCCGAAGACACGGCCAUGGAAGAUGUAGAAGAUACCCCGGCGGAGACGAACGGGGUAGAUGUUGACUCCAAGGCUGCUAAGAAAGAGAAGAAGAAGGACAAGAAGGAGAAGAAAGAAAAGAAGACAAAGAAGACAAAGGAAUCCGAGUCCAACGGGGACGUCCUCACGGAAGAUACAGCCGCAGAGGCCGAAAUGGGCGAGGAGGUAGAAGUGGAGGGAGAAGAAGCCCAGGCCGCAGUCGAAGCCAACCAAGGCCGCUUCAUCGUCUUUGUUGGCAACCUCCCUUACAGCGCCACAAAAGAGGAGAUUGAGAAGCACUUUGAGAAGAUCAAGCCUUCGGAAAUUCGUCUACGUACAUACAAGGGCACAGAAAAAUUCAUGGGUACAUGUUUUGUCGAGUUCGACCGCUACGACCGCAUGGUGACGUGCUUGAAGAAGUACCAUCACUCAGUCUUUCCCGAUCCAAAGAAGAAGGAGGGCAGGAAGAUCAACGUUGAACUUAGUGCCGGAGGCGGCGGCAACAGCGAAACUCGAAAGACCAAGAUUGCGGCCAAGAACGAAAAACUGCACGACGAGCGUGCCCGUGAUCGCAUAAAGGAAGCCGAAGUCAGUAUGAAACAGAGAGAGCGCAAGGAGAAGAAGGAAGCCAAAUCCGGCAAAAAGGCGGACAAGAAGGAGGAAGAGCCUGCAGCUGAGAAGCCGUCUGAGGCGGAGACUUUUGGUAUGAACCCGGCUAGGUUGGCUAUGAUGCAGGGUCCUGCGGUCCCGCAUAGGUCGAGGUAUUAG